AUGGUAGUCUACUACUUUCUCUUCAGGGAGAAGAUUACGGCUUUCCCCCCAGGGUUCGCGAUAGUUGCCGGCGACGCAAACAGGCGGAAUGUGCCUGUGCGCACUCCAAACAUCCCGCAGUCGCUGUGGGGCCUAGACGACAAGACGCUAGAAGCGCUCGCAGAAAAGGCUACUAGGUUCACUUGCCUAAACUACCGUGGCCAUUCCGAAGGCGCCCUCACGCGUUAUAUGCUUCUGAACAAGACGUUCAUCGAUGCAAACUGCGCGAACGGCCUUCGCCUUGAGCUGAUGUUUCCGUCGUGCUGGGACGGUGUUGCUCCUAGCACUGCUGACCACAAGUCUCACGUAGCCUAUCCAGAUCUAGUCAUAGAGGGCGCGUGUCCCGAACACUACGACGCUUGCAUUCCGGCCCUGUUCUACGAGACCAUCUGGAACACCGCUGUCUUCAGAAAUGUUUCUAGGCACUUUCUGCUCAGCAACGGCGAUCGGACAGGCUCAAGCUACCACAGAGACUUUCAGAAUGGGUAG